CGUUUAUCUGUCAAAAAAGUUAACCUGCAAUUCCGUGCUUAAGUUUAGUAAUUUGUCAUACAUUUAGGUGUGUAAUCCUAUAAAACGGGGUUGAAAUGGAAGCGUACGACGUGAUUCUCAAUCAACCCGUGGUCAUAGAUAACGGUUCUGGAGUGAUUAAAGCUGGAUUCGCCGGUGAUCAAAUCCCAAAAUGCAGAUUUCCUAAUUAUAUCGGAAUUCCAAAACAUGUUCGCGUUAUGGCGGGGGGUUUAGAAGGGGACACUUUUAUUGGCCCCACAGCGGAAGAACACCGUGGUUUACUCACUAUUAAAUACCCUAUGGAACAUGGAAUUGUGACCGAUUGGAAUGAUAUGGAAAAAAUUUGGAGUUAUGUUUACAGCAAAGAGCAAUUGAGUACAUUUUCUGAGGAGCACCCUGUAUUAUUAACAGAGGCUCCAUUAAACCCUAGACCAAAUCGAGAGAAAUCAGCUGAGAUUUUGUUUGAAUCUUUCAACGUGCCUGCUCUUUUUAUUUCUAUGCAAGCUGUUUUAAGUUUAUACUCAACAGGUCGAACUACAGGUGUAGUUUUAGAUUCUGGAGAUGGUGUAACACAUGCUGUACCUAUUUAUGAAGGUUUUGCUAUGCCACAUAGUAUUAUGAGAAUUGAUGUCGCUGGUCGAGAUGUUAGUAGAUACUUAAAGACUUUGCUUCGUAAAGAAGGACUUAAUUUUAAGACAACAGCUGAAUUUGAAACUGUAAGAACAAUAAAAGAAAAAAUUUGUUAUUUGGCUAACAACCCAAUUAAAGAAGAAUCAGUUGAAACAGAGCAUGUAAAUUAUGUUCUUCCAGAUGGUAGUUCAAUUAAAAUAGGCCCCGCUAGAUAUAGAGCUCCUGAAGUGUUAUUUAGACCGUUUUUAAUUGGAGAAGAAAGUGAAGGGUUACAUGAAGUGCUGAUGUAUUCCAUUCAAAAAUCUGAUUUGGAUCUACGUAAAGUAUUAUUUAGGAAUAUUGUUUUAUCUGGGGGAUCUACUUUAUUUAAAGGUUUUGGUGAAAGGUUGUUAUCAGAAUUUAAAAAGCUUGCUCCUAAAGAUGUACAAAUAAAGAUUUCAGCACCACAAGAACGAUUGUACUCCACAUGGAUAGGUGGAUCAAUUUUGGCAGCUUUAGAUACUUUUAAGAAGAUGUGGGUAACGAAACGCGAAUAUGACGAGCAAGGUCAAAGAGCAAUUCACAGAAAAACCUUUUAGUUCGACUAUUUUUUUCUUUUAUUGAUAGGAAAAUGUUCAAAAUGUGCUGCUUCUAUAAAACUAAUAAUAAGUAAAAGUGAAAACGUGGUUGCUGCACAAAUUGAAUCAAUUUUCUUUCCCCCUGAUUAAACUGUAAUAUUAAAAAAAUGUUAUUUUUUCUAUUUAAUAAUUUAUAUCGGUGUAGAAAAAAAGGAUAAGAAAAAAUAUGCACUUCUGUGAAAAUCCCAGCUUUAAAACUUUUUUUUUUAUUUUUUGUUUGUAUUUUCUAAUGAUAACAUUUUGAGCUACUUAUAUUGCGUUGCAAAUAAUCAUACUUGUAAAAUAUUUUUUUUAUAUGAACACUUAGAUUUGCUGAAUAAUAAAAAAAAAUAUUAAAAAAAA